UUCAUCUCAACCAUUGAUCUCAUCUAUUGGUUAUUCGGUUCUCUUAUACGGAAUUAAUUGAAAGGGUCUUUUUAGUCAUCUCACCGUUUCAGUUAUUUUGGUAUUCACGAUUGUUCCUCCUCUUCCGCUCAUCAUGUUCCUACUCUCCCUAAUCAUCUUCUCCCGUAACUCCAAAAAUGGUAACCGCUAGGUUGAACAUUCAAAUUAUGUGCUUUGACAAAGGCACCUCAACGUUCACUUGAAGUCUAAGGGUUUUGAUCUGUUGAUGUCUUCUACCAUAUCAAUAAUACGAUUGACCCUGGUACAAUAUGGUUUUCACCUCUUUCACCUGUGUGGACAACCACAAGAAAUGCAUCACCUAUGUUGCCGGUCUUCUAUCGAAAGAGGAUGUUGAUUCAUUUGUGUGAAUUUUUACGCGAUUCCUCAAUGCAAUGCAUCGUGAACCAAAUUGCAUAGUUACUAAUCAAGAUCACGCACAUCACUGGUAUUGUAUGUGGCACAUUAUAAAGAAGGUUACAUCAAAGGUUGGACAUGUGUUGAGUCAUAAUGAGGAGUUUAUGUCCAAGAUCAAUUCUGUUGCUUGGACAAUUUUUUUGGAGCCAACUAAUUUGAAGGUGGGUGAAUGUCUGUUAUGCAAGAGUUUGAUUUGGUUAAUCAUGAAGAGUUUGAAACAACUUUUCUUGUUUGUUGUUGAUCCAUAUGUCAUUUCAUCAUCAAAAGAUAGUGUCAUUCAAGGGUUUUAUGCAUGGUUCAUCUGCACCAAUGGAAGUAUAUAUAUUUUCUCCUCAAGUGGCAAAGAAUAAGGGUUAUGGUCUCCGAAUUAAAGGUGCAAAGGAGGUUGUCAUUGAUGAAAACAAAUGAGCAAAUAGAUUGUGUAUGACAUGUAACCAAAUGAGUCAUCAUGAUAGUAGAAAUUGUCCCAUAAACAAGGGAACUUAGAUAUUUUAUUGUUUUAUUUGUAAUCUAAUUAAAAUUUGAACUAUUGUG